AUGCAUAUACGUGGUUCGAACCUAAUACUUGUCGCCGACCUUAGGACCAUACAACAGCCAUUCAGGGCAUAUUUUCAGCAACUUUUCCAACUGUUUUCACAAAGUCGUAACAAAUCAUUUGCUACCAAUUGUCAUUAUCAAACGACGACUUCUAAUUUAAAUGCGAGAGAAUAUCAGCAUUACCAAAAUUUUAAACAUCAAAAAAGCCUUUUUGAUGGUUCCCUUCCUAACAAGAAUGUUCUCAUUCAAGCAUUACGUAAACGUUCGGAAAUUGACGGUGAAAAUGGUAGCGAUGGUAGAAAGAUGCCAGAGAAACGCAAGGGAAAGAAAUCGACUGAUGCUUCGAAAGCAUUCAUUGAAGUCAACGAAGCAUUAUCGCCUUCUUAUAUUUCCAAGCUAACUUCAUUUCAAGCGCUGAGUUUAUACAAAAACCUAUACACGCACUAUCGUCUAAAACCUUUUUACUUGGACUUGAUCUCUUAUCUGUUGCGUCAAUUUGCAAAUAUCGACAGGUUGGACUUAAUGGAAGUUGUCUUUGCACAGUUUGUGCGUGAUGUCGAUGCUAGCGAGAGAAAAUAUUUGAUUGGAGGGUAUGUAACAAAGGUUUGGAACAUGAUAUCAUGCAUCUACGCUGAAAAAGGAUACUUUGAAGAAGUUAGGAUAUUAUUUGAAAAUAUGCCAAGAUAUAUGAUAAUACCCAACGAUAAGACAUACAAGACAUUAAUAAAGUCGGCAUCCAAGGGAAAGAAUAUUUACCUUUGUUUUUCCUAUCUCCAAAAACUAAUCGUCAGAGGCCACAAACUCGAUUGUGACACAUUAAACACACUUCUUCACACGUGCCUGAUAGCGAAUUCCGAUUCCUACAAACAAGAGAGCAUCGAUAUUAUCAUCAAUCUAAUGUCAUUAUGGAGAAUUGGUCCAAAUGGUGAAACACUCCGGAUUUUGCUACAGUAUUGCAAAAAUUUUGAUAGUCUCGAGGUACUGUGGGCGAAAAUCAUAGAUCUUAGAUUCCAUGAUAAUCCAACUUUGCAAGUGGAGAUCAUUAAAAUGUGUUCCAGAUUAGCAUUUGGUGAUCAUGACAAUCAAGAUAAUCAGAUUGCUGAAAAUGACAGGCUUUCACUAGUGAAGGAACUUGCGGAAAAGAGGGAAGCUGGCAUGCCGAAAUGUUUGGAUUAUUUAUUACGAAUACUUCGUAAAUCGCAAGGUGAGAUAGAGGUUGGGGCAUACAACAAUCUGUUGAGUACUUGUGUGCGAGGAGGUGAUAUUAAUCGAGGAAUGAAAAUAUUGGAGAUGAUGUGGUCCAAAAAUUUAGAACCAUCUAUACGUGGAUAUCAACAAAUGUUGGAUACAAUAGGGAGACCUAUCACUAUCAGUCCCACAAUUACGAUAGAGACGAAUAUUCGCAAUGAUCAUUGUCAUUUGAGUACAUUACAAGAUACUCCAAUGCGAGAUUUGUCAAAUUGGAAUUUAUCAAAACAAUCGGCAUUCAUUAAAACACAACGAGAGCAUCUGUGGAAAUUGUUGGAAGGGAUGUUCACGCGACCUAAAACUAGCAUAAUGCCAAAACGAUUAAUUAGUGCAAUCUUAUUUGCGCUUGGUAGACUCGGGGAUUCUCGUGGGCUACUGGAGUUUUAUGAAGCACGUAUAAAGUUAGAACAACUUCAACGCAAUGGUAACGAUAUCAACAGUAAUAAUACUGAUGGUAGUGGUCUCAGUGGUAUUCAAAACAAUAAAGGCAAUAACAUUUACCACUCGAGACAGUUGAAUCCUAUAGAAAAUUCAACAGUAGAUCUAUCAUCUAUAGAAAAUCGAUUUGCCAUUCGGUCCAGUCACAUCAAUAUGGAUAUCACAUUGUUCAAUUUAUUUAUGAGAACGAUUUCACUGCCUUCUUCACCUCUAUUACCAUUAUUGCAUUCUUCGCCAAAAAAAACACCAUUUUCCGAUCUUUCGCCCUUAGAACUAUUCAAUAAACUACCAAUUCAUAUUGAACCGAACCAAGAGACAAUUGAGCACUUGUUUUCGAACAUAAGGUCGUUAGAAAGCUUUAAAAAAUUUGGGCUCCAGUUUCUUAGCGCGAUACUUACAAGAUCGACGAAAGGUGCCGUAAAUUUUACGAGGGAAGGGUUAGAAAAAGUGAUAAUGAGGGCAACUGGAAGAACUUAUGAUGAAGAUGGAAAUAAUGGGUGCAGUGUAGGGUCAAAUAAUUAUGAACCAAUUGAUAAUGAUGAGAAUUUUCGAAAUGCGGUGGUUAGAUGCAUUGUACACGAAAUUGCUAAUGUUUGUGAAGGAAAGGAUGUGACAGAAUGCCUAAAAGUAUUAGAACAAUGGGAAAAAAAAGAAGGCAGAUGA